CGCAUGUGUCACGUGAGGUCAUUGACGCCAUCUCUUCUUCCUGGCGAAAAUACGGCAGCAAAAUUUCCAAAUUUUCACAGUUCUCGCCCAAGUCCUUUAUUGUAAUUUCUCCUCGAUGUGGUAGAUUAAAGCUAUGUCACUUGAAGAUCCAUUCUUUGUUGUCCGGGAGGAGGUCAACAAAGCUGUGCAAACAGCACAAGGCCUGUACCAGCGGUGGUGUGAACUUGUGGAUGACCCUAACGUCGUCUCUAAGGAGGAAUAUGAUUGGACGGCAAAUGAGUUGAGGAAUAGUCUGCGGAGCAUUGACUGGGACCUUGAAGACCUCGAGGAAACUAUAAGUAUCGUGGAGAAGAACCCGAAGAAGUUCAGGAUAGAAGAUUACGAGCUGGUUGAGAGAAAAAAGUUCGUAGCGCAGACGAAAAAGACAGUCCAGGAUAUGAGAGACCACAUGGCGAGUCCAAAGGUGCGGGCAAAGGAAGACCGACGGAACCGACAGACGUUAUUAAAUGGCAGCGGGAAUGGUCCCAGUCGCCCGAUGGACAAGUAUACGCGGCUUGAUAAUGAGAUCGAACGUUCGAAUCAGAAGUUUAUUGAGGACACACAUCAACAACAAGCGAUGAUGAUUCGACAACAAGAUGAAACAUUGGACAUGGUCGGGACAAGUGUGACAGUUUUAAAAGAUAUGAGCCAUCGGAUAGGCACGGAGGUGGAUGAGCAGGCAGUUAUGCUGGAUGAGUUUUCAGGUGAAAUGGACCGGACAGAGUCUAAAUUAGAUCAAACGAUGAAAAAGGUGGCAAAAGUUUUACACAUGUCAAACGACAAGCGGCAAUGGAUAGCAAUAGUCGCACUGAUCAUCAUUCUCAUCAUCGUCCUCAUAUUGUUCUUCAUUCUCUGAGAGCAGUUGACAUGCCCAAAUAUCGCACAAACAAUCUGAGGGUAAGAGACAAGCCCAAAUACGGAGGGCAUUUUCUUGAAGAACGAUUGAAAGACAUGUCAAACUCUGGCAGGGGUGCUCUGAAAGAGGAUGGCCAGCAAAAAAAUUGUGCCAUUUUUGCCAAAGCAGAAGAUAAGCCCAAAUAUGGCAAAAUUUCUCAUGAUUCAAGGAUCGUACCCAAAUUUUGCAUAGGGAACUUUGUAAAUAGGGGAGUAUUUUCAGCCUUUGUUGCAAAAUUGGUGUCCGUGAAACGAGAUAUUGUCUUCGAUUGCCGAGAUUUGGUGCCAGUGUAUAAAUUGGUACCAGGGCACAUUGCAGCUGCAUUCGGGAGGGUAGCGCAGGCAUGCCGUCGGGCAGUGACAUGUCGGAGACGUCACAAUCAUGUUUGGCAUGGUUGGCGGUGAAGGGCGAGGAGUGACUCUUUAAGACCUCCAGCACUCUGAGUUGGAUGGAAAAUGUUAGUGAGUUAUUCAGUAGAACUUCUCUAUCAAGGACUUACUUUGGACCGAAAAAUGUGUCCCUAAAGAGUUGUCCUGAUUACAGAGGACCAAAUGUAGCAUUUUUAAUUAGGAUGGUGUCCUUAAUAGAGAGGUAUUUGCUGUGGGCAAUUUCACUGUACUUCUCAAGCAGAGACAACUGCCAAUAUUUUUUUGCUGCAGUGGCUUUUACAAAAAACAGCUGAUAUCACUGCAAUAUCACCAGUUCAGUUAUAAAAAAAUUCAGUAUUUUCCUUAGGAUUGAUUUUCAUAAUGUUCACUCACUCACUAUUCGUUUCUGAUGUACCUCAUGCCUACUUACAUAUGUAGUUUGAACUGGGACUGGGAGUGUACCAAGUCAUAUUGUCUUGGAAUAUGUCUGUGGUGUUGGUCUUGUAAGUCGGUGCUGUCAUGAAUAUAACUUUAUGUAUUAAACAUGUAAUGUACAGAUUGGGAAACCUUGUGAAGAAAAUGAAUUAGACCCAAAAUAGAGUCAGAAGUGGUUGAUUUUAAGGUUUUUGGCAGUACCAAGUGAGGGAAGUGCUGGAACCUGUCGAAGAUGGUUAUCUGUGAGGUCUUCAUGUUUUAGAUGAAACCUGGCUAAUCUGCACUUGCUUGUGGGGCGACCUCUUUACUGAAGUAAUUUGCUUGGCUGAAAAUUUGCUUCGUUUGGGCAGAUGGGCAUAUUAUUCAAAGUGAAAGCUUAGUUUAAUAUCUGGGAUAAAUGCUUCUGCAGCUUAGUCAGCCUAAUCUAUGGGAAUUUAUAUUGUGGAAUAUAUGGAAUUGGUUCACCUACAUUGCAUUAAUGGGCUUACCGUUCUAGUACAAGACUGAACCGUAAGUGAAAACACAGUGGUGGGGGGGACCUAGUGUUAUAUUUUGUCUUGAUACAUCCUUGGGUUGUGCCAGGUGUCAUAAGGUCACAAUCGUCAACUUAAUGACAUCAUCCAGGGAUGUGAUAUCGGAUGUGAGGACGGCAUGCCCCAUAUUGGUUUGUAGGUCACAAUUCCUGGUGGGAUUAUGUAUAUUUAUGCGUCGCAUUAUGUUAUAGAACUUUAAUAUCACAGGUUGACAGAUCGAACUUUUGCCUCAGGCCUCGGUGUUAGGUCAUCUUUAUAAGAUGUUGUAAGAACUGUAUUCAUCGUUGCGUUCUGUAUUGUAAGUGUCAGGUUUGAUGAAAAUAGUAGUUAAAGGGAGACUAUAGGCAGGGGACGCCUAUCUUCAUCUUUUUGUGAAAAUAGAUGAGUAAUUGUUGAGGGACUCGUUGUAUCACCAAAUCAAACAAGUCCCAGUUCUCCCACUGGACACGACCAAUCAGAGUCUGUGUCUUCUCUCUAUAGUCCCACUUUGUUGAACUUAGAUACUGUGUAGACGCCAUUGAGCUGGUUGAAGGGCGCCUGUACAAAAGGCCUUUAUUUCUUGAAAUAAGCCCAUGUGAAACUGAUGCAUCAAAACCGGCUUAAUAGCGUCUACACAGUAUUUUAAAAUUUGGACAUGAUUCCCAGGAUGUAAGGGUGAAAAGACGCCGGGAACAACAUAACAUCAAACAAAGUGGUGGGAGGCAAAUUCCAUGAUAUCAGACGGGGGAGAAAACCACUUGGGUCGUGUUACCAUGGCAACAAAACAUGGCAGUCGGCCUGGGGCUCAUAGACAUAAUCAUGUAUCAGUAGGAUGUGGGAAACCUAAAUAAUGAGUAUUAAUGCUUUAAGUUAGUAUGAUUGCUGAUGAAUGAAGGAAAAUAACAAUUGAUAUCGGCCAGGGAAAAAUUAAGCUUUUAGUGAUCCAGAUAUUUUGGCCGAAGAGAAAGGUCAAUACAGAAUUUCAAGGCAAAGACUGUGGACAAGUCUUUAUUUUUGGUAACAGCCUCUGAAGACGAAUUUAUAUCUGAAUAUUGUUAAUUAAUUCAAUUUUAUUCCUCUCUAAGCAUUGCAAGAUCCAGGUUGUCACCUCAGUUGAAUGUAUUCAAUAUGGUUUAAGUGUAGAUACUGUAAAAAUUUGGCAUUUAGCUAAUAAAAUUAUUUAUUUUUCCA